CCCCCCAAAUGACUCCUGUUAUAUGGCUGCUGCAAGCUACCUGGCACCUGAAGAUCAGUUUCUCUGCUCCAUCUGUUUGGACUUGUUCACUGAUCCAGUCACUUUACCAUGUGGACACAACUUCUGUAAAGACUGCAUCACUGAACACUGGGAUACAAGUGACAGGUGCCAGUGUCCCAUGUGUAAAAAAGGGUUCAACACAAGACCUGAGCUGCACGUUAACACUUUCAUCUCUGAGAUGGUCGCUCAGUUCAGACAGUCGGCUCAACAGGAAGCCAGCAGCAGCAGCUCAGGGCAACAAGUCUUCAAACCAGGAGAAGUUCCCUGUGACGUCUGCACUGAAACCAAACUGAAGGCCCUGAAGUCCUGCCUGGUGUGUCUGACCUCCUACUGUGAGACUCACCUGGAGCCUCAUCUGAAAAUGUCAGGUCUGAAAAGGCAUCAGCUGAUCAACCCUGUGGAGAACCUGGAAGACAGGAUGUGUUCUAAGCACGAUAAACCUCUGGAGCUGUUCUGUAGGACCGACCACACAUGUGUCUGUAGGCUCUGCACUGUUUCAGACCACAAGAUGCAUGAUGUGGUUCCUCUGAAAGAAGGAUAUGAAAGAAAGAAGGCCGGGUUGUGGAAGACAGAGGCUGAAACUCAGCAGAUGAUCCAGAAGAGACAACUGAAGAUUGAGGAGAUCAAACACUCAGUGGACCUCAGUGAGAAAGACGCAGACAGAGAGAUAGCAGAAGGAGUUCAGGUCUUCACUGCUCUGAAGGAGUCUGUUGAGAGAAACCUGAAUGAGUUAAUCCAAACAAUAGUAGACAAGCAGAACAUGAGAAUGAAACAGGCUGAAGACUUCAUCAAACAGCUGGAACAGGAAAUCUCUCAGCUGAAGAAGAGAAGUGCAAAAGUUGAGCAUCUCUCACGGUCUGAAGACCCCCUCCAUUUUCUCCAGGGUGUCCAGUCCCUAAACAUCCAACACCCAUCACUCACCAAGGACUGGACAAAGGUCAGCAUCCCUCCAUUAUCAUAUGAAGGGACUGUGGUGAGAGCUGUGGUUCAGCUGGAGGAGACACUCAGCCAAGAGAUGAAGGAGCUCAUUGAAGCUGAUGUGAGGAGGGUCCAGUGGUACGCAGUGGAUGUGACUCUUGAUCAUGAUACAGCACAUCCCCGUCUCAUCCUGUCGCGUAAUGGAAAACAAGUCAGUGAUGGUGAAGUGAGAAAGAAUCUCCCAGACAACCCGGAGAGAUUUUCUGAUUGGAAUUGUGUUUUAGGAAAUCAGAGUUUCUCUUCAGGCAGAUUUUACUUUGAAGUUCAAGUUAAAGGAAAGACUGAAUGGUAUUUAGGAGUGGCCAGAAGGUCGAUCAACAGGAAGGGAGCGAUCACACUGAGCCCAGAAAAUGGUUGCUGGACUAUACAUUUGAUAAAUGGAAAUGAGUACAAAGCUUCUGAUGCUCCGUCAGUCUGUCUUUCUCUGAAGUCUCGGCCUCAGAAGGUGGGGGUGUUUGUGGAUUAUAAGAAGGGUCUGGUCUCCUUUUAUGACGUAGAUGCUGCAGCUCUUAUCUACUCCUUUACUCGCUGCUCCUUCACUGAGAAACUCUACCCAUUCUUCAGUCCUGGACUUCAAUAUGGCCGUAAAAACUCUGCACCUCUGAUCAUCACGCCUGUCAACUAAUCACUCAUCUUAUUUCAUGUGUUGAUUUGUUUUUAUUCAAGGGAACAAACUUCGAUAUUUAGAGUCAACACUGUAUCAUUUAUCACAUUUUCUACAAAAUAAGUUUACUGUGGUGACUGAUUAUCAUAUGGUUUAGAUUCUGUAUACAACACAUAAGUGGACUCAACAAUCCAAUAAUUAUCUCUUCAACACUUUAUCGUAAAACAUAUGGAGAAUAUCUAUGAACGUUUGAUAAUGCAAAAGUUGUUUCUAAUGACACCAAAUUUGUCAAGCUAUAGUUAUAGUUGAUAAUAACAUUAAAUGUUUUAUAUUGAAUUUUGUCAUAAAGCUUUGUUAAAGAGAAAGGCUUAUUGCAUGCCUCUAUUAUAGUAAAUCAAAUGUGUGUAAUAGUUUUACUGCUAGAAAAAUGAAAAUAAAUCCUCAUUUGUUAAAAAUUGUUUGGUUAAUAACUGUUAACUUGUAUAUUUACAUUCCAGGUUUUAUAUUGAUUACUGGUAAAAUGGCUUACGAAUCAAAGACAUCUGUAAAUAUGUGAUUUUGAGUUAAGAAAAUGUUUAAAUAAACUGCAUGUUGAACACAAGGUCUGAGAAAACACUGAACAGGAAAGCCUGGUUUACACAUCAUUUGUAUUUCAUGACACAUUUCCUGAGGCUAAUUCACAAUUAAAAAAAUAUAAGUUGAUGUCUUUGUGUAAAUGUUUGUAGGAAAAAAUGUGUGUUUCCACUAUCAGUGAUUGGAUAUUGUGCGGCUGUAGAGCAGAACACAGUGGGGCUGAUAUCAGUGAGAUACCAUUCACUUUGAUGAGUGAAGGCAGUCACUAUAACACUAACACUACUCUUUACAAAUAAGUAACUAACUACAGAGUUUAGCAUUAUACGAGUAUGUAUGGCAACAACUCGUAUGGAAACAUUUGAAUUUAUUUAAUGAUACUCUUUAAGGAUAUAACAGUUAGACCUACCAUUUGCUUCCUCUAGUUUUGCCAUAUUUUUAUAAAACUAGUUUCCCCCUUUGUGAUAUAAAACGCUGAAUCAAAAA